AUGCAAACGUGUGUCGGACAGGGCCCUGGAGCGAGCAGCCAGGACCCGCAGUCAGGCCGGGGCCGGGGAGUGGCUUUCCCUGGCGGCUGCCGCGUCCCCGAGCAGGCGGAGCCCGGAGCCAGCUCCGUCCGCUGGAAGCGGAGCCCCGGGGACACGCGCUCGUCCCCCAAGCGGGACCUUAUCGCGCUCGCCAACCGCGCCGGGGAGGUUUUACUUCACCGACUAGCAAAUUUUCAACGAGUCUGGAGUUUGCCACCAAAUGAAAACACAGGAAAAGAAGUGACAGCCCUUGCUUGGAGACCAGAUGGCAAAAUUUUAGCUUUUGGGCUGGCUGAUACUAAGCGGGUCAUCCUAUGUGAUGUAGAAAAACCUGAAAGCUUGCACUCUUUCUCAGUGGAUGCUCCUAUUACUUACAUGCAUUGGAUGGAAGUAACUGAAGAAAGCAGUGUCCUUACCUCAUUUUAUAAUGCUGAGGAUGAGUCGAAUCUUCUUCUGCCUAAAUUACCUGCACUGCCAAAAAACUAUAGCACCACUGCAAAAAUCUUCAGUGAAGAAAAAUCAGAUGAAAUUAUGAAACUGCUAGGGGAUGUAAGGCUUAAUGCCCUCGUUCUUGGUGGAAACUCUGGUUUUAUUGAGGUUUAUGCUUAUGGGAUGUUCAAGAUUGCAACAGUAACAGGGGUGACAGGUUCUUGUCGGGGGUUGUGUUUGUCUAGUGAUUUGAAAUCACUAUCGGUCAUUGCAGAGAUGCAAAAUUCCUCAGAUGGUCCUUUGGAGAUGAUGUAUUUUCAGCUGGAUACCAGUCUACUGUCAACCUAUUUACCCGAAGUAACUCGAAUGGCCAGAAAGUUUACUCAUAUUUCUACUCUGCUACAGUAUAUAAAAUUGUCACUGACCUGCAUGUGUGAAGCAUGGGAAGAAAUUUUGAUGCAGAUGGAUUCGCGUCUAACCAAAUUUGUCCAGAUUAAAGAAGCAAGUUCUUUGAGGUUAAAAGCACCAUUUAAGGAAAAGAACACAACCACAUCUGUUCAGGAUGAAUUUAUGCAGCUGCUGCUGUGGGGAAAAGCAAGCCCUGAACUUCAAGCACUAUUAAUGAACCAACUAACAGUGAAGGGUUUAAAAAAGCUUGGUCAGUCCAUAGAGUCUUCCUACUCCAGUAUACAAAAGUUAGUCAUAAGUCACUUGCAGAGUGGUUCAGAGGCCUUGUUAUAUCAUUUAAGUGAACUGAAAGGAAUGGCAUUAUGGAAACAAAAAUAUGAGUCGCUUGGAUUAGAUGCAGCAGGAAUUGAAGAUGCUAUUACUGCUGUUGGUUCUUUCAUCCUAAAAGCAAAUGAGCUUCUUCAAGUUAUAGACAGUAGCAUGAAAAAUUUCAAAGCAUUUUUCCGAUGGCUUUAUGUAGCUAUGUUGAGGAUGUCAGAAGACCAUGUGCUUCCAGAGCUGAACAAGAUGACUCAGAAAGACAUAACAUUUGUUGCCGAUUUUCUUACUGAACACUUCAAUGAGGCACCAGAGCUCUAUAAUCGUAAAGGAAAAUACUUCAAUGUUGAGAGAGUUGGCCAGUACUUAAAAGAUGAAGAUGAUGACCUAGUUUCACCACCUAACACAAAGGGAAACCAGUGGUUUAACUUUCUUAAAAAUAGCACACAUCUCAAAGAAAGCCCAUUGCUGUUUCCCUAUUAUCCCCAGAAAUCGCUACAUUUUGUCAAAAGGCAAAUGGAGGGGAUCAUUGAUCAGUGUCUACAAAAACCAGCUGAUGUGAUUGGAAAGUCAGUACAUCAAGUAAUCUGCAUUUCCCUCUACAAAAUGUCUCAAAGUGAGGAAUCCGUACCUCAAUUAUUUAAAUUACCUUUCCUGUGGAAUAACAAAUCCUCCAGUACACAUUAUGUUAUCUUCACCAUCGCAGAAAGUUCCAUUUCAAAAAUUUACAUUUUGAGGAGGCAUACGGAUACUUCUAGGUCUGUUAACAAUGGGCUACUUGCUGUGGAGUUUGGAAACUUCUUGAACAACAGUAUAAAUGAAAGCUCAGAAUCAAGGUUCUACAGUUGUUUAGAUGCCCAUUUUUAUGAUGAUGAAACUGUAACUGUAGUUCUUAAGGAAAAUGCUGAGCAAGAGGGGAAAGAAAGAAUCUUGGCUCAGUUGCCUUUAUCUUCAGUGUACAUUGAGGACCAAGAAAGGGGAUUCAGCUGGGAUCUAAGCAAAAGGUUAGAUGAACAAUGUGAUGAUAUUUCUACACGUACUGUCUUUUUGGAGAGUCAGUGGAGAGUACUGGAGAAUAUGAAAGCCCAGUAUGUUGCUGUAAACGGCAUUAGAAAAGUUUCUUGUGUGCUAAGCUCAAAUCUUCGUCAUGUGAGAGUGUUUGAGAUGGAUGUAGAAGAUGAUGGAGAAGCAGAGGAAGAGGAGGAGGAGGAAACUACUCAAACAGGAGGUGGAGAGCAUGAGCUGAAUCAGUCAACAGAUAACCAAGACAAUGUGUGUGGCGGUUCUGCUGAACUGGCAGAAGAAACAGGAGAACUUGAAUCAAACUUGGAUUCUUGACCUAAUCCUUGAUAUUGGUACAAAGACGUAGGAGCAACCUCUCUAGUUUCAAACAAGUGAUACUUUUUCUUUAUACUGUAUCCAUGUAUUGAGCAUGUGAAUCUUGUGGAUAUUUUAGAAUAUACUACUUGACUCCCUAGACAGAGCCAUUUCUUUUUUUUUCAGUUCCACCUUUUGAAUGCUCCUUCUCUUAAAAUGUUAAACAAACAGUAUUUUUUUCUGAAGUAAUGCAGUGUGGGUGGGUGGGAAGGAAGUGAGCCUGGAAACCACCUCAGGUACAGCUACCCUGUUGAGUAUGAAAAACGUAUCUGCCUUCAGGUAAGGGUCAAGUUUUCAUGCAUUUAAACCAGGCGUCUGUUUAAUAUUCCUGUCAAAGUUUAGAGUUGCAUGUGCUCUGUAAAUUUGGACUCCACAGGCAUAGAUUUGCUUGGUAAUGCAAACUUGUAGAAAGAUUAAUCUAGCUGUAAACACUUGGCAUACAUUUUUAAACCUUCCUUGGGUUACCAAGAACAUAAAAACAAAACCCUCACCAACUACUUAGGGUCUUUAGACUGUGUGUGUGUAUAUAUCUAGACACAGAAGUAUGUAGUUCUGAAAAUCCCCUUUUCUUGUACUUAAUGUUGUAAAAAUAUAAAAUUGCAGAGAAUA